AUGCCCACCGACCUGACAGUCCCUGCAGAGAACUCAGAGUCCAGUCAAUAUGCCUUGAUUGUCCGAUAUGCGAAGUCUUACAGCUUUUCCCGCAAUCUCAGUGUCAACUCAAUAUCAAUCCAGAGUGACCAUGUCAAGAAGUUCCUCGGUGGGGUUUUCAGAGGCUAUCCCGGAACAGCAACAACCCUUCAGCGUGUCGAGUUUCAUUCGCCAUUUACUUCUUUCAUUCACCGCUGGGACAGAUUGAUCAAAGCAAAAGACGAGAUAACAGACCCAACGACAAAGGAGCACGUUGAUUUGUUACAUGAGAUCAUAUACAAGGAGAUUGCAAGCAAUCUUUCUGAGAAACAGGAUCUUGUGAAGAACGGUGUUAUUAUGUACUGCAGAUAUGCUCUUAGCAAUCUUUGA